AUGACUCUAACAAUACGUCGUCUCCUCAUCUUCGCAUCAACCCUAAUCCUCCUCCUCACCUCCACCGCCAAUGCCGGGCCCCUCCUAACCUACGACGACGCAGUUCAAUCUCUCACCGCCUCCAACUUCACCAGUUCCACCGAAACUGGCAUGUGGUUUGUCGAAUUCUACUCCCCUUACUGCGGACACUGCAAAAAUUUCGCACCUACAUUCCACGACCUAGCUGAAUCAAGUAAACAUUUCGAAGACUCUUCCAACUUCCACAUAUCUCGAGUCAACUGUAUCGCUCAGGGGGAUCUGUGUACAAGGCAAAAUAUCGAGGCGUAUCCUUCGCUGGAGCUGUAUAGGGAUGGAGCCUGGCUUGAAAGUUAUACGGGCGGGAGGAGUUAUGAGGAACUCGAGGCUUUUGUUAGGGCGGUGGCUGCGGAUAAUAGGAAAUGGAUGAGUAUAUCGGGUCGCUUUGGCGGAUGA